UAUUUACAUAAAGGCCUUUCAUUCAACCAUUUCUCUCUGUUCCGCUCCCAAAACAGCAGCUCUGGCCGCGCCCACCGACAAGAAUCUCAGGUAAGAUUCUUAAACCUCACCGGAAAAUCGCCAUGCCGAUUCUCUCCUUUAACUCCAACUAUCAAUGGAUCCUCUCACUCAAGAUCGUCUUAAUCUCCACCGGAGUUCUGUUCAUGGCCGUCUUCCUCAAACUCUCUGUUCCAGUGGUGGCUGAUUUCGUACUCUCUGGAAUCCCUUCCAUCUGGACUUGCUUCCUCUCCUGGUUAACACCUCCUUAUCUCUACUUGCUUAUUAAUUGCAUAAUCAUCAGUAUUGUUGCCUCUUCUAAGCUUCAGUCCAAGCUGGAGGAUGAUGCUUCUGUAUCGUUGAUUCCGGAGACGCCCGCUCCUCCGCCGGUCGCUAAGAUCUCCUCUGACUAUGCUGUCUGUGGCGGUACCGACAUUUUGAAUGGAUACAGUAGUUACAACGCCAAUCCGAACGUGGUGACGAAGAUUUCCGACCUUCAAAUCGAUGAAUCGAACGACGUGUACGGACAGAUGGUAGAAUCUAGGGUUUCCGAGAUGGAGAAGAAAGUGGAGAAUGAUUCUUUGAUUGUGAUGAAAGCUGGUGAUGAGAGUGAUGUAUCGAGUCCGAUCACCACCGCUCUGCCGAGGAAAGAUUCCAUCGGACUUCUGUUCUCAAACGAGAAGGAGAAACCGCCGGUUUCUUCAAGAAUCGGCCAAAGAAAAUUCGUGAAAGCCAGUCCUGAAGGAAAGCCGUUGGGAGUUUCAAAACCGAAGCGGCAGGACACACUAGAGAGCACGUGGAGGACGAUAACGGAAGGGAGGUCGAUGCCGUUAACAAGGCACUUAAGGAAGUCCGACACGUGGGAGUCGCACGGGCGAAGGGGCGCCGCCAUAGCGGUGGACCCAGCGACGCCGCCAUCAAAGGUGAUGAAGAAGUCGGAGACGUUCAACGAACGGAGCAACGGUGGGUCGCCGAGUCCGUCGCCGGGCGGGUCGGGGAGGCUGAGGAGGGAACCGUCGCUGACUCAGGACGAGUUGAACCGGCGAGUUGAAGCGUUCAUCAAGAAGUUUAACGACGAGAUGAGGCUGCAGAGGCAAGAAUCGCUGAAGCAGUAUCAGGAGAUGAUGGGCCGUGGAGCCCACAGCUUUUGAGGAACUUUUUGGGCCGACAAGGUUCUUUUAGGGCUUUUUUAACGGAGUAACACAAGAAAAGGAUAAAAUAAUAUAUAUAGCCCCUUUUUAAUUUGUUUGUCCAGGAAAUUCAACCAUUUCCUUUUUUUUUUUUUCAAUUUAUAAAUAGAGUAUUUUUGUCCAGGAAAUUCAACCAUUUUCUUUUUUAUUUUUGGGAGAAAAAUUAGUUUCUACCCUUUUUUCAUAAUAUUUUAGAUUUAUGUAGUUGGUACACAUUUGAACUUUGGUGUUCGUUUGGGAUGAUGU